AUGCUUUCCACUCCCAACAACUUAGAUUUGCCUGCUCAUGACUCUUCAGUUGAUGCUAACGCAGCUUCAUUUUCUUCAGCUCAAUCUAUUAUUAGCCAGAAUCCUUUGUCUUCUCUUUCUCCUGAUAGUGGGAAACUAAAUGAUACUCAGAUGUCUGUCUUGUUGACUGCGCUUGCGUUCCCUAUCUCUCUAGGAGGCAGGUACUCGUGGAUGGGUCCCUGGGGGCCUUUGCUUCGCUAUGGCACUUAUGGACGUCUUCCUGAAAAUCAAGUUCUCCCUAAUCGGACUAGAAUAAGCAGAACAUUUGUGAAAAAGCUUAUUGCUCGAGCUCGUGCCUUUGAAAAAAAAAGUGUAGAUCAAUCCGGUUUGGAUUGUGAUACCCAGUAUUCUGAAGUGACUAGAAGUGGUUCGUCAAUUGCAGAUGACAACGAUGAUAACAACUUCUCUUUGAGUGAAUGGCUACCUCCUCCUCCUCCUCCACUUAUCCUUAUGCGAAAGCAGUCUAUGAUAUGUUCUCUCCAAUUGGCUGUCCGUGAUCGGUUCCACGAUUUGCUGAUACGCGAAGCAGACAAGCAACGUUCAUUAAACAUUAAUUAUGUAGAAGAGCUGGCUAUGUUUAUUGAAAAGACAGUACGGAUUAAUGCUGUUUACCUCUUUACUCAGUUGCACAGGCUCCCCAAAGAGGAGCAAGCGUAUUAUCUUGACGGACUUGCUUUAAAGGUAUGCGAAGCUUGUGGAUUUUACUUAAUAAUAUCUAGUCUGCCCUGA